UUUAUUCCAUUGAUACUCCUCAUCUCUGAUCUCAAUCGAUUUUUAAAUUGCAACUUUCAGUUAUAUUAUAUAUGUAGUAUGUACAUAAGAAUUAGUAAUGUAAAUUUAGUAUUUUAGUAUGUUGCCCUUAUAUCUCUCUCUCACUGAAUAGCGAUAUUGAUUUUAAAUUAAUAGGGGGAAUAAAAUGUGUGAACUGUAUAACAAUGGACAACGUUGAGGAAGGACAAGUGCCUAAAGAAUUUAUUGAAUAUGAUUUUGCAGAAGAUGCCCUAGACUUUGAGAUUCAGUUGGCUGAAGCGCAAGAAGUUAAGUUUAGUCAAACGUUGAUAGAACCUCUCUCAAUUGGAUCUCAUAUCGUGUGUACGGGGACGCCUUCAGAAGAUUUACCAUGGUUUGCUAUAAACAUCGGUUGUGGAGACGCCGAUAAAGGGGGUGGAGAUAUUGCCGUCCAUUUCAAUGUACGUUUACCCCAGUGUUAUGUUGUUAGAAACACGCGGCGCCAUGAGAAAUGGGGAACCGAAGAGACUACAGCCUACAGUAAAUUUCCCUUCAAAAUUGACACACUAUUCACAGUAGAGGUGCUCGUAGAUGAGAAAGAAACAUUAUGGGCGGUGAAUGGCAUUCAUUACUGUAGCUAUGCCCAUCGAAAUCCCAGUCCCCUUAUUGCUAACUGGGUGCAAGUAACCGGAGUAAGAGAUGCGACAUUGAAUGUACAAAAGACUGAAUUGUAUCCGACGCUGGCACCGCCUUUGUUUGAGGUACCACAGAGAGACUGUAUAAAUGGGCCAAUAAAGAAUGGGGAACCCAGUUGGCAUUCGAAUAUUAUAGCGACUUUACCAAUUGGAAUACCUGAAGAACAUCAACUGGUUAUACAUGGAAGACUCCGUCCAAUGCUUCACUCGUUCGCAUUGGAUCUAAUGGACAUUGCGCGUGAGUGGCCGCGUCCUAACAUCCUCUUGCACGUGAACCUGCGCGCGCACGUUGACUCGCAACUCGAUCGACAGUUGGUCGUUCUCAACGCUUGGCUCGGCGAUUGGGGUGCUGAGAGACGACAGCGGACUGCUAGACUUAUACCUGGCUCUGAGUCAACCGUCCGCAUAGUGAGGGGCUCGUGUGAGUGGAUGAUAUAUGCGGAUGAUCUACUAAUCGGGGAAUUCGAGUACCGGGCGUCUCCUGUUGGCGUGACAGCUAUGCGUCUACGUGGCGAUCUAUAUCCGGAACAAAUUUACAUAGCACCGACAAGUAACUCACCUGUUUACGAAAAACCAACCUCAACAUAAAUAAAAAUUGACAAUUAUUAAAUGAUAAAUGACUAUACAAGGGAGCGUUCAUGUAUUAUGCCACACAAUUUUUGGGAGAUUAUUGACACACACACACACACACACACACACACCCCC